AUGGAGAAUAUGGAGAAUUUGGAGGACAUACAUCAGGGACCCAUGAGUUCAAGCACCAAUCCAAUAGCUAAAUAUGGAACGAAAACGGCAUCAGGAAAUGCCCGAAUUUUUAACUGUAAGCAAUGCAAUAGAGCCUUUACAAGAGAAGAACAUUUGACAAGACAUACGUUACUGACACACAACAAGUUGAAGCCAUUUGUGUGUGGAAUAUGCUCGAGACCUUUUUCUCGAAGAGAUUUACUUUUAAGACACGCCAAGAACCUUCAUCAGGGGUCCGAAUUGGCCGUGAGUAGGAUAAGGAAGCUGUAUAAGAGAAGUACAAAGGAGGACGACGAUUCGGAUGAUUCCAAUGAACAUUCUGCCCCCACUAACAUAAAAGAUUCUACGCCAAAGUCCGAGACUGCGAUCAACGAGAAUCCGGUAGUACAGUCACUAGAGGGAAAUAAAGAUUAUGAGUCGCCAGAGAAAAAGAAGUUGAAGAUGUCGGUUAAUAUGUUAGUAAGUUAA